CCAGGAGCACAACAGUAAAAGAUCCCAGCUGCUAAAAUACCAGAAAACCCCUCAUUCUUUUACCAUGACAGCACACAAAUUACAGUUAGCAGAGCAUUAACAGUCAACAAAAACUAGCCAGUAUGUGUGGACAGAAAGUAGCCAGGAGUGCCCAAUACCUAGUGAUGCAGAAGAGCCCAGGUGGACGGGCUGCAAUACUUAGCGUACUGGACACUUUUGGAACAGCUGAGUAAGAAGUCCCCAAGUGAGCGUAUUAUGGGGGCUGGGAUUGACUUGACUAAAUUGCCUGGAAAGACCCGCAUUAAUUGCUAUGAAACUUCAUCGCAACUAGACUCGACUAAGACGUAUAUUAAGUAUAUAAAAUUUGUUAACGGCUUCUAUUAACUUGAGAACUCCAGCAAGUAUUCUUGUAUUGUUGGAUGCAUAACUCUCUCUUUCUUUCUCUGUGUUUUGCUCUUUAAUUUACUCAACAUGGACAAGAUGUGCCUCAAACUCUUUUAUCCACUCGUGGUGCUUUUGCUGCACAUGAGCCCCCUUGGAUUUGUUUCCGGACUUGGGCGUGGGGCUACUAAUAUCAGGUGCAUAGAGAAGGAAAGGCAGGCUCUCCUUGCAGUAAAACAAGGUCUCGUGGGCAAUCAUUCACUUUCUUCAUGGGGAAGCAACGCGACAACAGAUUGCUGCAAAUGGGAAGGAGUCCAUUGUAGCAAACAAACAGGUCAUGUUACUGAACUUCAUCUUGAUUUCUUAGGGCAAGGCUUAUCUCUGCCAGCAGGUAAGAUUAGUCCUAAACUUUUUGAGUUGCAGCAUUUGGAAUAUUUAGACCUCAGUUACAACAACUUCAGUCAUAACCAAAUUCCAAAGUCUAUUGGUUCUCUAAGCAAUUUAAAAUUUCUCCGCCUCUCUUUCUGUAGUUUUGGUGGUGAAGUACCAUAUCAGCUUGGAAACCUUACACAGUUGCAAACUCUUGAUCUUAGCUACAAUUACUUUACUAAUCCAAAAAACCUCAAUUGGCUCCCUCAUCUUUCUUCUUUAACAUCCCUGAACUUAUCUACGAUGAAUCUCAGUAAUGUUUUAGAUUGGCCAAAAGUAGUUGAUAAGCUCCCUAAACUGCAAUCGUUGACAUUAUCGAACUGUGAUCUUCCUAUUCCAAUUCUUUCUUCUUUUUCUCAUAUAAACACUUCUAAAUCUCUUUCUUCAGUUGAUCUCGAUGACAACCAUCUCACCUUUUCAAUAUUCCAUUGGUUGUCAACCUACAAUACAAGCCUUGUUUCCGUUGACCUUUCUUACAACAACUUAAGUGGUUCAAUUGCUGAUGUUUUCGGCAACCUGAGUUCUCUCCUGCAUCUAAAUCUUGCUGUUAACUCAAUAGAAGGACAACUCCCAAAAACAAUUGGCCGGUUAUGUAGUUUGCAAUCAUUGGACCUUUCUGACAACAACUUAAGUGGUUCAAUUCCUGAUGUUUUCGGCAACCUGAGUUCUCUCCUGGAUCUAAAUCUUGCUGCUAACUCAAUAGAAGGACAACUCCCAAAAACAAUUGGCCGGUUAUGCAGUUUGCAAUCAUUGCACCUUUCAGGAAACAAGUUAAGUGGUUCAAUUCCUGAUGUUUUCGGCAACCUGAGUUCUCUCCUGGAUCUAAAUCUUGCUUUUAACUCAAUAGGAGGACAACUCCCAAAAAUAAUUGGCCGGUUAUGCAGUUUGCAAUCAUUGGACCUUUCUUUCAACGACUUAAGUGGUUCAAUUCCUGAUGUUUUCGGCAACCUGAGUUCUCUCCUGGAUCUAAAUCUUGCUGCUAACUCAAUAGAAGGACAACUCCCAAAAACAAUUGGCCGGUUAUGCAGUUUGCAAUCAUUGGACCUUUCUUUCAACAACUGGAGUGGUUCAAUUCCUGAUGUUUUCGGCAACCUGAGUUCUCUCCAGGAUCUAAAUCUUGCUGCUAACUCAAUAGAAGGACAACUCCCAAAAACAAUUGGCCGGUUAUGCAGUUUGCAAUCAUUGGACCUUUCAGGAAACAAGUUAAGUGGUUCAAUUCCUGAUGUUUUCGGCAACCUGAGUUCUCUCCAGGAUCUAAAUCUUGCUGGUAACUCAAUAGAAGGACAACUCCCAAAAACAAUUGGCCGGUUAUGCGGUUUGCAAUCAUUGGACCUUUCAAGAAAUAAUCACAGUGGUGAGUUUUCGGAGUUUAUUGAAGUAUUAUUUGGCUGUGCUGGGAACUCAUUAUCAUCAUUAUAUCUCUCUGGCAAUCAACUGACUGGAAGAAUACCUGAAAGAAUAGGUUCAUUGUCCAACUUGGAAGAUUUGGCUGUUAGUAUGAACUCUUUGACAGGAGUGAUUACGGAAGCUCAUUUCUCAAACCUCUCCAAACUGCAAUAUUUGGAUUUAUCUUCCAAUUCACUGACUUUGAACAUUCGUUCUGAUUGGCUUCCUCCUUUUCAACUUGUCAUAAUAAGAUUAAUGUCUUGCAAAAUCGGGCCAUAUUUUCCAAAAUGGCUUCGAACAUCUCAGAGAAGCUUUUUCCUCCUUGAUCUUUAUGAUGCUGGAAUUUCUGAUAUCAUUCCAAGCUGGUUUCAAGAUAACUCUAUGAAUGACUAUCAAUAUCGUGGUUUAAAUUUGAGUUCAAACCAAUUGGAAGGGCCAAUUCACUCGCUACCAUCAGAACUGGAAUCUCUGGAUCUAUCCAGUAAUAAACUUUCAGGGAGGAUCUCUUUCUUGUGUACAAGUAAAAAUAGGUUAUUAAAAUUUCUUGAUCUAUCAAACAAUUCUUUCUCCGGAGAAGUUCCAAAUUGUUGGAAGCAUUUAGAAAAUCUAGUCAUUCUCGACUUGAGUAACAAUGCUUUUUCUGGAAAAAUUCCUACUUCAAUUGGUUCCCUAGCUUCUCUUGAAACAUUGAAGCUUAGCAAGAACAAUUUUGCAGGAGAAUUGCCUUCAUCCUUGAAGAAUUAUACAAACUUAAAAGUGUUUGAUAUUGGAGAAAAUAGGAUCAGAGGAAUGAUACCUGAAUGGAUAGGGAUUAGCUUUUCACAGUUGGCUAUCCUCAUUCUUCGAUCUAAUCAAUUUAGUGGAAGCAUGCCUUUGGAAUUAUGCCAUCUGAAAGACAUUCAACUUUUGGAUUUGUCUAGGAACUGCUUCUCUGGUACUAUACCUCAAUGCCUGAACAAUCUGACUACUUUGGCUCAAAAAGGAAGUUCAAGCCCAAGCAUCAUGCACUCUGUAUCUGUAGGAAAGGAAGAUGAUGCAUCUUAUCAACUUUACGAAGAUGAUGCAUCUUUAAUAUGGAAAGGAAGAAUGUCCGAGUACAAAAGCACAUUGGGACUUGUAAAGAGCAUUGAUUUCUCAAGCAACAGAUUACAUGGGGAGAUUCCUCAUCAAAUCACUGAUCUAAUUGGAUUGGUUUCUUUAAAUCUAUCAAGAAACUAUCUCACAGGUCAAAUGCCUCUUCAAAUCGGGAAGUUGCAGUCGUUAGAUUUCCUUGAUUUGUCAAGAAACCAUAUAUAUGGAAGAAUCCCUACAAGCCUUUCUCAGAUGUAUGGUCUUGGUGUCUUGGACUUGUCGAAUAACAACUUAUCAGGUAAAAUCCCAAUCGGUACUCAGCUCCAAAGCUUUGAUCCCUCUACUUAUGCAGAAAAUCCUCAACUUUGUGGACUUCCACUACAAAAGAUCUGCCCUACAGGAGAAACAAGGUCCAAACAAGUUCCUAAAGAAGAAGAAGAUGAGCUAAUAUCAUUCGGAUUUUAUGUCAGCAUGGGGCUUGGGUUUGUUGUUGGAUUUUGGGGAGUUUGUGGCAGUUUGAUAUUCAACCGGUCAUGGAGAUACACAUACUUUGGUUUCUUGAAUGUUUUACGGGAUUGGGUUUAUGUGAGGGCAAUGUUGAUUAGGCGGCAAAGAAUGCUUUGAGAAAUGAAUGGUUUAGGCUCGUAAGACAUUUGCUUUCCUUCAGUUGAAGAAUAAACAGUUGCAUUCGACAACAAUCAAUCUGUAUUAGUUUUCAGAGUAUCAAAGUGCCCAACUCUAUAAGAUCAUAAGAUAAGAGUUUUGUUUUAAUGUUUCUUUGUAAUCUUGGAUUGAACUGUCUGCCUUGGCACUCCAUAUUUUUCUCUUUCAAUUUUGGUAUGGCCUUGUGCCAAACCUUAUGAACCAUGUAAACUGGAUAAACAAUUUUCCUUUUGACAUUUUGAAUGUUUUUAUUUGUUUUA